CCGUUAGUCGCACUUACAUCGCUGUGGCACGUGAUCGGCAGCUUCCACUUGAGUUCUGUCUCCAAUAAAAAAUUGUGAAUUUAACUUCUCGGUUCGCUGAGAUGUUUCUCAAUAUUCUUUACCCAACGCGGGCCUAGUUAACUCACAAAAUGUAAAAACCAGCCCGAGCUGCUUCAUCCUCGACACCAACAACAAAUAAAGGAUAAUGGCGUUUCUAUAUCUGACUUUAAUUCGGCGCAUUUCACUGCUAUUACUGUUGAUGGCAGCCGCAUCAAUGCGCCCGGGGGUCAUCGCAGUGAAGGCUACCGAAGCGCAGGUGGAGGCGGAUGCGUCGGGGGCGCUGGCUGCCUGGAACUGGCCAAUGGAAAUGGCAAAAACCUCAUACCGUCAUUUGGUAGACAGCGGAAGGCCUUUGCCGAAAAUUGAAGCUGAGGAAAUGGCUCCCGAAUUUGAGAAUGCGUUGACGCAACCAUUUCAUUUCCCACCGUUUCCGAUGCCCUUGAACCGACGCUGGCGCCUUUGGCAACAGCGGUACAACAAGCAUCUGAAGGAGCUGCAGGUGUACCAGACAUGGUUGGGCGACUUGCAAUCUCCGGCCAUUGUCUCAACAUCGAAACUAAAACGCAACCACCAAUUAUUCCCAGCAAAUGAAGAUGAUGCAAAUGUCAAUAACGAAAAGGCCAAAGAGCAGCACGAAAUGAAACGCGAACCGUCCGACUACAGGGGACCACUUUAUAGGCCCUCUAUCAGUGCUGGAGUCAUGACCAAUCUAGGUGAUUUCUUCAAGCAGCUCAAGGCGAACGUGCACUUUGCCGAGCAUUCGCAUCAGCUCGGCGAGGGUGAAUCUCAGCUACUCGAGGGUCUGCAUCCGUAUCCCUUGGAGCCGCCAAGCGAUACACCCGAUGAUGCCGAUUAUGAUUCUGGCCAGCCGCCAGAUCGCAAUUCAAACAAAUUACUGCAGUCUGUGCGAAGCUAUCGACCCUCGCAAAAGAUUCGAUCGCUUGUGUCCCGCAAUCCGAAUGGGUAUCGGGGCUCCCAAUUCAUUGACCCUAGCUACAUGUGGCUGGGUUUGGGUAAAUGACCAUAGGCCUCCAUCAGCCAACAACCAAGAGGUCACAACGAUUAGAUGCGCUGCGUGUAACAUUCCCCCGAAGUCCAGCCCCUAAAUUUUUCAACAAUUCAAUUUAUCUCUAUGUGUACAUAUGUAUUUACGUAUUUGUGUAUUUAUUGUAGUGUGUAUUAAAAAAUAUUAUUGAAAUAAAAAU